CCCAUGUCCAUUUUCGAGCACGUUUUUCGACUGUUCCACGAGCGAAGGCCGACGACGAUGAAGCCGACGCUGCUGCUGCUAGCGCUCCAUGCGAUGGCCUUGACUGCGCUCGUCAUCGAGCGGCCAUGCUGCACUAUCGCCAGCCACAUCCCAGCCCACUUUGGGCGCAACAUCUCGGACGACAUUCCCGAGCUGCUUCAUGGCGAGAUUGUGUCAGCUCGGCCAUUCGACGCGUGCGGCGAUGUCAUCGAGAACGACGUUGCCGGACGCAUCGUGCUCGUCGUGCGUGGCAAGUGCAACUUUGCGUACAAGGCGCUGCAGGCGCAAAAGGCGAACGCGAGCGCGAUCGUCGUCAUGGACGACAAGCCCAAGGUCCACGACGAAGUCUGGGGCGUGCACAUGAUCUCGGACGGCAACGCGUCCGACAUUGUCAUUCCGUCCGUCUUUGUCGCAUACCAGACCGGCGCGGCGCUCUUGGCGCAGCUCCAGCAGGACGCCAAUUUGCCGCCGCUCGUGACACUCAACAGCACCGGGCAAGGAGUGGCGACGUUUCGACAGCAUAGCAUUUUUGAAGGCAUCGUGCUCUACGUGUUGUCCACGUCAGUGAUGUUUGUCCUGCUCAGCGCACUCUGCUUUGUGCUGAGCAAGAUCGUUGCUUGGUACCAGCAAACAGCACGAACUCGGGCGGCACGACGCUUGCCCCUGCGGCAAUACCAUGUAAAAGCUGAUGAAGACGUGUGUUCCAUUUGCCUCGAGAGCUUUGACGACGGUGUCUGGCUCAAAGUGCUGCCGUGCGACCACGAGUUUCAUCAAGGAUGCAUCGACCCGUGGCUUCAACACCGCAACGGCAACUGUCCAUUAUGCAAACGCGAGGCCCUGGACGGCGAUGUGUGCGUCGACGGGAUCUGGGCAAACCACCACACAGGUCUGGGGAGCUGGCUUCCGUACAUUCUGGUGUCGAACGAAAACAAUUACUCGGUGCAGAUGUUUUUGUACGGUGUCAUCAUGAUGCUUCCCCUGCUCGUGGCAGUGGCUCUCGGGUACUUCACUGUCGACCUCUAAGCAUUGUCUGCGCUUCUAUCCUAAUGUCUUAUAAAUAUUCCAACUAUUGUCUUGGGCUCAA